AUGGCAAAUUACCGGCGGCCAUCCGAAGCUGGUGAGCCUCGAAAGAGGGUAGAUUGUGCUAUUUCUCAUAAAACUGGAUCCAAACUGGAAAACUCAACGCACAAAGGCCACGAGCAUCAGUUUAUCGAUCUGGACCCUCCCGGUGUGAGUUUGGAAUCCCAACCAUUGUAUGUCGACAUGUCUAAGGAGGGUGCAGAUCCCAAUGAGGAGGCGCGAAAUCCCAACGAGAAACUGCCAAGCAACCAAGUGACGCCGGAGCCACAUAAGAAUGAGAAAUGUGAUCCUGUUGUGAUUGAUCUAGUGACGCCUGAGAAAGAAGUUCCUAGUGAGAGUGGUAAGGCGUGCCAUAAUAUCAACGCUCGGCCCAAACAGCGCCAAGAAACUCCUAAAAAACAAGAGCCUCGAUGCAUUGACAAUGCUUGGGAAAAUCUCGAAAAAUCUAGUCGGAAGCGCCCCAGGUCACCAGAAGCGACUACGGAAAAACGUCGCAUGGCUAUUUCCAAUAGUUUUCCAAAAAACCCUGAGACUCUGCUUACGGAGAAUUUCACACAGGGCACAAGUGUAAUCAUGUCCGAUGGUAAUUGCAGGCUCGUUGAAUACCUUCAAAUCGGAGAUGUGCUUUUAACGGAAGACGGUUCAACUGGCGUCGUGAAAAAAAUUGAAGAACGUUGGGAAGAUGCUUUCGGAAUCAAGCAACGUAAAAACCACUAUAUUCAUUUUCUGGACAAAACUCGCGACAAUCCAUAUGGCCUUUUUGAAACGACUUUUUUCGCAAAGCAAGUGGUGUUACUAGAAACUUUCCAGCGUAGUGCAGAGUCUAUUAGGAAAGAAAAAGACAAUCAGCGCAGAGCAUACAUCACUACCGUGGAGGACUUUGAUACUAGCGAGGGCAGACUGAUUAAGCUGGCGAAAAUCGUCGAAAAAGUUUUCCCCUCCAAUACAUCAAACGAGGUUAUUCAAGAGCAUCUAUCAAAAUACAGAAAGCAAGCGGAUAAUAACAGAUUUGUGCGUUGGAGUUGCGAAGUUGGUGAUUUGAAACACCUCUGUUAUAAGACUCGUGCCUCCACCCGUCUACUGUUGAUGCCCUUGGCGUUUGAAAAACCAACAUUGUUACCUUUCUUGGAAAAGACCUUUCAUAAAGAGGUCUCUGCAAGAGAGCUAGAAGCGAUGGCUUGGUUGAUUGGUUUUUGGAUGGGUGAUGGCUAUAGAGCAGGUGCAAUGUUUGCUCUACACUCGGAAGAUCAUGAGGUAAAUGGGAGAUUAGAAGAAAAUGCCAGGAUCUGGGGAAUGACGUAUACCCAAAAACCUCCCAGACCAGGAACCUUCAGUGCGUACGCUGCACUUCACACUAUUCAAAAUGGCAUUCGCAGAUGGAAUGUGGGAAACCCCUUUAUCACCGUUCUAAAAGGUUUAUUUUUCUACGAAAAUGGAAAAAUAAAUGAUGCCAAGAACGUUCCACAUUUCUUGAGAACGGAUCAAUUAAUGGUCCGCGAGGCGUUUCUUGCGGGUUUGAUCGAUUCUGAUGGGACUGCAGCGAUUGUAAACGGGUAUCUUUACACCUCCAUAACUACAGUAUAUCCUUUAAUUAGAGAUGGCAUUCAAUUUGUUGUCCGCUCCUUGGGGUUAAAUAUCUCCACUCAUAUUCGGCCUUCAGGCCCUGUUGCAAAUACCCCGUAUAUCAGAAAAAAGCAAUGGCGCUUUCAUCUUUCAAAUGGGAGUAACCCAGAUGUUUUACGCUCGGUCCUCGAUAGAUGCUCUGCAACAAGAAAGAGAAAUCCCACAGAAGCGACCCACAAACAGAAAAAGCGACUUCAAGCUUUGGACGAGCAAGAAUGUUUCGGUGAGUCUAAUAAUGACAUUGAGUUGAUCGAAGAGGAUGAUGAUCUUUUUGAAGACAGGUUCAUUAGGGAAAAGCGCGAGGCUAACAGGGGCGAAAACCUCGAAGAGGAUACAGAUCUUACUCUAGCCGCCGAGGACGCAACCGCCGGUGAAGAUUUGGAGGAGGAAUUGGAGGAACACCAUGCCCCAGAAGAGGAAUCUGAACGUACGUUGGCUGUCGCAGACGCAUCUGUAGGUAAUACCACGGGGAAAAGCGAUGUAGAGAUAACAAAGAUCCACAGUGAUUUGAACGACUCUGAUAAACAACUGGUUUGCUACAAUUAUUCACGCCAGUUUUUUUACAGCAUCCCACUGAAUCGAAAAGUUAAAGUCUUUCACAUCACGCACACUUCAAAACAACGAUUAAUACCAGAACACCAAAUUGUGACUCGAGAUUCACUCAGGGAAUCAGGCGAAACAAAGGUCAUUGACGUUUUCAAUAACAAAUGCUAUUCUUGCGGUAAAGGCGUUUCUAAUCCCUGGAAGAACGUUCCUUGGAGAGAGAACCUAAACUGCUACAAAUUGUGCCGCAGCUGCUAUGAUUACUACAUCCAAAGUCGUACACGCUGCUACGAUUGCAAUCGGGUAAUCGGGUUCUUGCAAUUUAGGGAAAAAGUAGACAGAAAAGAUCUUACAGUGACGAAGGUCACGCCAGAGGGGAAGACAUUGACCGGCCACAAAUGCAACCAUUGUCAAGGAGUUUUGGUUUGCGAAGGCCCUCCAAAACAUAGAUUUAAGAAGAAAACCGGACCUGAAACGAGAGAAUGUAAUCACUGCGGACCCACAUCCAGUAUCAAAUGGCACACCCUCCCAUGGGACAAAUCCAAAUACUGGUGUCAUAAAUGCGGUCAGCGGUUCAUUCAUACCAAGAUCAUGUGUUCCAAUAACCAGUGUCGCUAUGUGCCAUCCCAACGUGAAGUUGAGAAACAGAACAGAAAGGGCGUUCCUCUGUCUUGCUCAAAGUGCCAGUCGCCUCUGGAAGGAAAACCGUAUUGGUAG